GGGGCUUUGGGGAGAUAAAGCAGGAGAAAAAAAAGUGAGUUUGGAUAUUUAAAAAAAAGAAAAGAGGGAAAGUCUCAAAUCAAUCAUUUGAGCUCCCACCUCAAGAAUCUAGCAAAAGAAGAGGAAAAUAACCCACAGCAAGAAGGAGAAGCAGGAGGAAGUAAAUAAUAAAAAUAAUAGAAGAAAUCAAUGAAAUUCAAAAUAAAAAUAAUAGAGAAAAAGCAAUGAAAUAAAAAACUAGUUCUUUGGAAAAUAUCGGUAACAUUGACAAGCAUCUAGCAAGACUGGCAGUCUUCUUCCUCAACCAUUUGAGGUUUCAAAUGUAUUUAGCAUCUAAUCCUUUAUUUUUCAAACUUCGCUGCAGCAUCUCUCUCAUCAAUUGAGAGUUUGCUUUAAGGAUUGCUCACAUAUCAUGCUAUCUUUUCCCUGAAUUGUGUUUUUCCUUGCAUUUAACUAAAUUAAAAAAAAGAUUUGUAAGAGGUUCAAUUCAUCCUUGAAGGUUAGUCUUUAUCUUUCAUUUUUAAUAAACUUGAAGAAUUUUUAAAUAUAAUGGAGUGAAAGGAAAAUAAACAUGCGUAGCAUAAAAAUGGAAAUCAGUUUGAUCAGCUACGCAGUAAUUAUAAACUAAAUAAAUAAAAUUAAGUUUAAUAUGCUUUACAAUGUUUCAUCAUUUAAAGUACUAUUUCAGCUCACCGGCAAUAAUCUAGCUAAAUUAAUCUUAAAACUAUCUGUCAUUCACAUUAGCAUACAUGAGCAUAAAGAGCGUUGGGUAUAGUGCUUUUUUAUAUUGUUUACCCUGCAUAUUGUAUCAAGAGGAGACCAAGAUUUUACCACCUAAUUAUUAAAAUUAAGCUGGAAAAUACAAUUAAGAAGAUUCCCAGUGAAAGAUGGAAAUGUCCUAUAUCUUGAAAGAGGGGUGGGUUACAUGGAUGGAUCCAUUUGUUAAAAUGGUACAGUUAAGAUUGAUGCAUUUCAAUUUAUGUAAACAUUAUCUUAAGAAUUAUACAAAAGCAAACCUUGAGUGGGAAGCCAAGAGUGGAGGGAAAGGUAUAGAUGAAAGGAGACAGAAUAAUGAUGUGAACAUGGAAGUUCAUGCUGUUUACUUUGUAUAUGUUAAACUCUACCCAUAAUAAAAUUUUUAAUGAAUUAUUCAUUGUGAGAUGUUUAUAAAAGCAAAAUCAAUUCAAAUAUACUUUAGCAAAUCAAAUCAAAGCAAAAGAGAAUAAAACAGAGAAGCAUUCUUCUGAAGGAAUCUAAUGUAAAUCACUUUCCAUAAAAAGGCAGUUUCUUCACAUACCCAACUGCUAUCUUUUUGGGAUACAUUGAGAUAUUAUCUUCUUUCUCUCUGUUGCAACCAUCAGCCUUCUGAAAGUCAUUUCAAUGAUCUAAAUUGAGCUGUACACAUACCGUACUGCACAACGAUCUAAAUUGAGUUGUACACAUACUAUAGUGGUAAUAAAACUUGCUUUAAAAUGAAGACUAAUUCAGUAAGCUGUAUUUGAGGAUGGCUGGUGGUGCUGCAGGCAAAGAGGGUGAAUAAAGGACUCUGCAGAUGCCAGGAUGCCAUUUAGCUGGAAUCAGGAUGCCCUCUGAAAGAAGGAAGGAUUUAAGACUGAGAUGAAAAUAAUCUUCUAUUGGAGAAGAAAUUAAACCCAUCUAAGGUGGUUGUGAUUGUUGGUUUUGCUUCUUCAGUUUAUUUUGUUAUUCGUAUCCUCAAGGAAGUCUAUUCUUAGUAACAUUUAUCAAGUGAACCAUGGAGACUGGUCACAGGGAUCUGAUUUUUAUUCUUCUGAGUAGAUAGGGGUGCUUUGCAAUUACAAAAUAAUUUAAUCUGUUCAGAGUUUAGAUUUUACUUAGCUUAUUUAUCUUACCUAGAAUUGAAGUAUUUUUUUAAAAUCCUCAUUUUUAAUCUUCCAUCAUUUUGGCUCUUACCUGAAGUGAAUUUUGCUUGAACUUGAUUUCACCUCUCAAUAAAAAUCAAUCUGAAAUGACUCGUUUGGUGGUUUUUUUGUGUGUGUUCUUAUAUGUGCACCGACCCAUUUCAAGUAUUUUCAGGAUAUUUAGAGAUAUAUUUUCCUAUUUGAGCAGAAACUGGUGAGACAAGAAUGGAUAUAGCCAUUUUGAACCAUCACUGAAUUUUAUGGUAUCCACUCACAUGCAAUUCCCCUUUCACACUACCUCAUUUGGUCUAUAUUUACAGGACCUAGUGUCAUCCUUGUUGUGAGAAGAUGGUAGAGGUGCUUCUUGAAUGGUUGUUUUCUGCAUUGCAUUAUGUUCUUACAACAGGGUAAUAUAUUUGGACCUUGAUUAAUUAAUAUAGGAGGGGAAUUUGAUUAAAAAAUUACAAUAAAAUGAACAAGCCUAAUAAAAUCAUGACCAAUUCUAUCCAUACAAAAAUGAAGUGGAAUCCUAAAGUGCCUACUUAUGACACAUACUUGAUUAUUCCUAGUUCCUCUUUUAAGUAAUUUAAUUUGAUUAGAUACUUUGCUAAUAAGUAUUUCUUGGCCUCAAUUUUCCUUUAAUAGCCUAAUUGUUGCCUUUACUGUAGAGGUGUAACCACAAAACAAAGUUAGUUUAUUGUUUAUGCCAUCUAUGAGUGACAUAAUUUAGAGAAAUGAUUGUUUACUUUACCAUCAGUGUUGCUAACCAAAUUUUAUAUUAUAUAUAGUUUGUUGAUGUAUUUUUUGGGAUAAUUAAUUCGUGUACUUCUUGGAUUCACAAAUUACACUGCUCAUCAGAGAUAAAUUGCGCUGCUAGAGGACAAAAGUUGAUUAUAGGAAGUCUACCCGAGGUAGAGAUUCUUCAACAUUAGUAUGCAUGAGAAUCAUUUAAGGAGAAAGAUUGAAGUGCAGAUUUCCUUAGCAGCACCGGAAAAUUUGAUUCAAGAUGUGGAGAGGAGCCCAGGAACUGGCUUUGAAAAAACCGCAAGACUCCCAGGUAAUUAUUUAUGCAUGCGGUUCACACAUUACAGUUUGAGAAACACUGACUCGACCUAAAACACUCAGAUUUUUGGAAACGGUAUUGACCUGCAUGCACCUCAUGAAGUUACUGAUUUGAACGCGUGGUGGCAGUGCAGGCUAAGAGAGUGAAGAAAAGCGCUGCAGAUUCGGUGGACUCCAUCUGACGGAGAAAAAAUACAGAACACAUUUACAGCUAAAGCGAAGGUAGAAGUGUUCAGGAAGGCAGUCGUCUCCAGACAAGGUAUAAGAACGAAUUCGAAAUUCUAUAGCAAAGACAUUUCGGAGGGUCGACGGUGGACCUGGUGAUUGGGUGUGGAAAAGGAUUCUUCUUCUGGAAUCAGACAUAACAGAGAUGGCGCAAACAAAAGUACAUCGCAAAAAAAGGCAAGUGGCCAUCUUCAUUAUGUUGAUGCUUUUGUGGGAGGCGGGUUCAGAAUCGAUUCAGUAUUCUGUACUGGAGGAGUCAGAAACUGGCACGUUUGUGGCAAACUUGACAAAGGACCUAGGACUCAGGAUGGGAGAGCUGGCUGCACGGGGCGCCCGAGUUGUUUUCAAGGGGAACAGACAGCAUUUGCAGCUUGAUCCACAGACCUAUGAUUUGCUGCUAAAUGAGAAACUGGACCGGGAGGAGCUGUGCGGCUUCACUGAGCCAUGUGUGUUACCUUUCCAAGUGUUACUGGAAAAUCCCUUGCAGUUUUUUCAGGCUGCCUUGCAGGUCAGAGAUAUAAACGACCACGCCCCAGAGUUCCCGGCCAGAGAAAUGCUAUUAAAAAUAUCAGAAAUUACUAUGCCAGGAAAGAUAUUUCCUUUGAAAAUGGCACAAGAUUUAGACGCUGGUAGCAACAGCCUUCAGAGCUACAUAAUCAGCUCUAAUCCUCACUUCCACGUUCUCACCCGCAAUCGCAGCGAUGGCAGGAAGUUCCCCGAGCUGGUGUUGGACAAAGCCUUGGACCGCGAGGAGCAGCCUGAGCUCAGGCUAACGCUCACAGCGCUGGAUGGCGGGUCUCCACCCCGGUCAGGGACCACAAAGAUUCAGAUCCUGGUCUUGGAUAUCAAUGACAACACUCCUGAGUUUGCUCAGGAGCUCUAUGAGGCGCAAAUCCCUGAAAACAACCCGCUGGGCUCACUGGUUAUCACCGUCUCUGCGAGAGAUUUAGAUGCAGGAGCCUUUGGGGAGGUAUCUUAUGCCCUAUUUCAAGUCGAUGACAUUAACCAACCCUUUGAAAUAAACGCAAUUACAGGAGAAAUUAGACUGCGAGAAACAUUGGAUUUUGAGGAAUUUCAAUCUUAUCACGUGGAUGUUGAGGCGACAGAUGGGGGGGGACUGUCAGGAAAAUGCUCUUUAGUCAUCAAGGUCCUGGAUGUGAAUGACAAUGCCCCUGAAUUGACCAUGUCGUCACUCAUCAGCCCCAUCCCUGAAAACCUGCCAGACAUCAUAGUGGCAGUUUUCAGUGUUUCAGAUGCAGAUUCUGGACAGAACCAGGAGGUUAUUUGUUCUAUAGAUGACAAUCUCCCCUUUCUCCUAAGACCAUCGGUCGAGAAUUUUUACACCCUGAUAACAGAAGGAGCGCUUGACAGAGAGAGCAGAGCCGAGUACAACAUCACCAUCACCGUCACAGACAUGGGAACACCCAGGCUGAAAACCCAGCACAACAUAACCGUGCUGGUCUCCGACGUCAACGACAACGCCCCGGCCUUCACCCAAACCUCCUACACCCUCUGGGUCCGCGAGAACAACAGCCCCGCCCUGCACAUCGGCAGCGUCAGCGCCACAGACACAGACGCAGGCGCCAACGCCCAGCUCACCUACUCGCUGCUGCCGCCCCAAGACCCGCACCUGCCCCUGGCCUCCCUCGUGUCCAUCAACGCCGACAACGGCCACCUGUUCGCCCUCAGGUCGCUGGACUACGAGGCCCUGCAGGCCUUCGAGUUCGGCGUGGGCGCCACGGACCGCGGCUCGCCCGCGCUGAGCAGCCAGGCGCGGGUGCGCGUGCUGGUGCUGGACGCCAACGACAACUCGCCCUUCGUGCUGUACCCGCUGCAGAACGGCUCUGCGCCCUGCACCGAGCUGGUGCCCCGGGCGGCCGAGGCGGGCUACCUGGUCACCAAGGUGGUGGCGGUGGACGGCGACUCGGGCCAGAACGCCUGGCUGUCGUACCAGCUGCUCAAGGCCACGGAGCCCGGGCUGUUCGGCGUGUGGCCGCACAACGGCGAGGUGCGCACGGCCAGGCUGCUGAGCGAGCGCGACGCGCCCAAGCACAGGCUGCUGGUGCAGGUCAGGGACAAUGGCGAGCCGCCGCGCUCGGCCAGCGUCACGCUGCACGUGCUGCUGGUGGACGGCUUCUCCCAGCCCUACCUGCCGCUGCCCGAGGCGGCGGCCGAGCAGGCGCGGGCCGACCCGCUCACCGUCUACCUGGUCGUCGCGCUGGCGUCGGUGUCGUCGCUCUUCCUCCUGUCGGUGCUGCUGUUCGUCGCGGUGCGGCUGUGCAGGAGGAGCAGGGCCGCGUCGCUGGGUCGCUGUUCGGUGCCCGAGGGCCCCUUUCCGGGCCACCUGGUGGACGUGAGUGGCACCGGGACCCUGUCCCAGAGCUACCAGUAUGAGGUGUGUCUGAGGGCAGGUUCAGGGACCAGUGAGUUCAAGUUCCUCAAGCCGAUUCUCCCCAACUUCCCUCCCCAGGACACUGGGAGGGAAAUGGAGGAAAACUCGACAGUUCGGAAUAGUUUCCCAUUCAGUUAAGUAUUGAAUUAUUCUAUUAAACCCUACUUAAUAAGUUUGGAAGUCUCUUUUAACUUAAAGUUACAUGUUAUUGAUGCAUAUUAUCUAUGGUCUGUUUCUUAUUUUAUUACUGUUCCUUAGGGUGAAAUUUUUUUUAAAAAAUCAGAUACUGGCUAUACACAGUAUUUUCCCUAUAUUACACUUAAUAGUUUUUUUUAUUACUCUCACUCAACUACAUUCGACAAUCUGAAUAAAAAGUAACUUUUUAUUUUCAUAGUUUUAAAUUUUUCAGUCAUCUAUCCUUUUCACAAAAAUGACAUUCCAAACUCCUUAAGUAAAAUUGUAUUUCUAACUAGUGGUGACAAUUGUCAUCACUAUUGCUACGUAGGAAAAUUUUUAAAUGCGAGUGUUUGAUAUUAUUUAAUAUGCCAACAUAACUCUCAUUUGAGGGUAACUCCUAGAGUGUGAAAAACUAAAGAUAAACACUAAAGAUGGCUAAAUGCUAAGAUACCCAUUCAUAUUUACAUGCAUUUCAGUAUACCAUAAUAGUCAAUACAUAUUUUCUAUGAAUAUAGACUUAAUGAAAGUGUCAACACAUUAAAUUACAGUUUGUGAGCUUCAUGUAAGAAUAUGAUGGUCUUUUUAAUAAUACCAAGACAAUUAUAAAUGCUUAAUAAAUAUUUGCUGAAUGUUA